CUCCCGUCUUCUUCACUUCUUCGUAGCGCUCGAAGAGCAAUUAACCAGCAAUGGCUGUAAUGGGAAUUGGGGCAGCUAAUUGGUUAAAGGGAAGUGGAACUCUGUUAUUUUCUUGCCGAACAAAUUCAAUUCCUGCAGUAGUUUCAUCAUCUACUGUUAUUGCUUCACGCUCAAGGGUGCACUAUUGUUCCUCAACAUUCUCACUUCAGCACCAGAAAAAGAACAAUACCCUUUUCAGUACUGGUGUCAAUGGUCAUAGAAUUGGUGAUUGGGGUAGUCAGAUUACGAAGUUAUACUUUAAUUUUUACUGUACGGCACAAUCAAAUGUGAGUGUAGAAGAGAAGGAUUCGUCUGGUGAAGUAGUUGAGGAGGAUGAGGAGAGUAAGAUGAGGAAGAUUAAGGAUGCGGCGAAUAGUUUGGAUAUUAGGGUUGGGAGGAUAAUUAGAGCGUGGAGACAUGAGGAGGCUGAUUCACUUUAUGUUGAAGAGGUUGAUGUUGGUGAGGCUGAACCAAGAAUCAUUUGUAGUGGGUUGGUUAAGUAUGUACCUCUUGAUCAUCUUCAGGAAAGAAGUGUGAUUGUUCUUGCAAAUUUAAAGCCAAGGAAUAUGCGUGGUGUCAAAUCAAAUGGAAUGCUGAUGGCAGCGUCUGAUGCAUCUCAUGAGAAUGUGGAACUUCUAGAACCACCUGAAGGUGCAGUACCUGGGGAAAGGAUAUGGUUUGGUUCUGCUGAUGAAAAGGAUAAUCUACCUGAUGUGGCAACACCCAACCAGGUAGCAAAGAAAAAGAUUUGGGAGCUAGUACAACCACGUCUAAAAACAGAUGGUGCAUCCGUUGCUGCACUAGGAACGCAUUGUAUGCGAGCUUCAACAGGUGUGGUGGUCAGCCCAUCUCUAAAGGAUGCAAAUAUAUCAUAAUGAUAUCCUGAGGUUUAUGCAGCUUUUUGUAACUUAUUCUAUCUAUCUUCAUAGUUACAUCUUGAAAAAUAUCUUAUAGCAUGGGCUGCAAAAGAGGGAAAAGGUGGGAGAAUGUUACAAUCUUUUCCUUUGGUUUAAAGAGAGCAUGGUAAGUAAAAAUUUUGAGUUUCUUAUCCACUUUCAAUGGCAAGAGGAAAAACUUCAACCAU